AUGACAGACGAUCACAAGAACGACGAGAAUAUAGAGAUAUGGAAGAUCAAGAAACUAAUAAAGGCAUUAGAAUCUGCUCGAGGCAAUGGUACGAGCAUGAUUUCUCUAAUAAUGCCUCCUCGCGAUCAAAUAUCACGCGUCACUAAGAUGCUUGGAGAUGGGUUUGGAACUGCAUCCAACAUCAAAAGUAGAGUGAAUCGCCAAUCUGUAUUGGGCGCGAUCACAUCUGCUCGACAAAGACUUAAACUCUACAACAAGGUACCACCAAACGGGCUCGUGCUAUACACUGGAACGAUCAUGGCUGAAGACGGGAAAGACAAGAAGGUUACAUAUGAUUUUGAGCCAUUCAGGCCAAUUAACGCGUCUUUAUAUCUUUGUGAUAACAAGUUCCAUACAGAACCGUUGAAUGAACUUUUGGAAUGUGAUGAGAAGUUUGGGUUUAUUGUGAUGGAUGGACACGGGACACUUUUCGGGACAUUGAGUGGCAGUACCAGGAAUGUCAUUCACAAGUUUAGUGUUGAUUUGCCAAAAAAACACGGGAGAGGUGGACAGUCAUCGUUGCGUUUUGAUCGUCUUAGAAUGGAGAAACGACAUAACUAUGUGAGAAAAACAGCAGAGCUUGCAACACAUUUUUAUAUUAAUCCAUCAACUUGCCAGCCUAAUGUUUCAGGCCUGAUAUUAGCUGGAUCAGCAGAGUUUAAGACAGAGCUUAGCUAUUCUAAUAUGUUUGAUCGUCGUCUUAGGGAAAAGAUAUUAAAUAUGGUUGAUGUUUCGUAUGGAGGGGAAGAUGGUUUUAGCCAAGCAAUUAAGUUAUCUGCUGAGCACUUGAUCAAUGUGAAAUUUAUGCACGAGAUCGAUAUUAUUGGAAAGUAUUUUGAGGAGAUUAGUCAGGACACUGGGAAGUAUAUCAUUGGCGUUGAUGAUACAAUGCAAGUUCUAGACACGGGUGCUAUUGAGACCAUUAUCGUGUGGGAAAAUCUCGACGUUACUAGAUAUGUUUUGAAAAAUAGCAGUACUGGAGAAACAAUAAUCAAGUACUUGAAUAAGGAGCAAGAUGCACAUCAGAGUAACUUUCGCGAACCUACUACAAAUGGGGAGUUAGAGAUUAUGGAUAAAAUGCUUUUACUUGAGUGGUUAGCUAAUGAGUACAGGAAAUUUGGUUGUAGUUUGGAAUUUGUUACAGAUAAAUCACAAGAAGGAUCUCAGUUCUGUCGUGGUUUUGGUGGCAUUGGCGCUAUUCUUCGUUACAAGGUUGAUGUUCGAGUUUUUGAUGAUGUUUCUGACAAUGGUGAAGUUUAUGAAGAAGUUUAUGUUGAUUCUGAAUAGCAAUCAUCCAAUUUCAAAAAUGUCAGUUUAGUAAUGGAGCAGGAAUGUUGCACUGGUGCGCGACGACUCAUGCCUGACUCGGGUGCUGAUGUGCUUAGCCACAAAUUAGUGGGAGCG